AUGCUCAGGAGCCCGGCAGCUGUGCAGCUUCUGUCGGAGCUACUCGAAGCCGGAGCAACAGAAGCGGCAACCCAGAAUCAUGUUUUCAUUCAGGACGAUGAUCACGAACAAAGUUUUGCAGAGCUGCGCGCGUCGGGGCUGGCCACAUGGGCCGAUGAAACUUCGGGCCGCAUCGCUGCUACACGGAAAGCUGCUAGUUGCGCAGGGAUUGCGCAGCUAUACCACGGCCCCUCAGAGGUCUGCGAGUAUGUGGCCAGCUGCCAAGAAGGGCAAGACACGGAAACUAGCGACAGCACGAGCACAGUGUUUGAUCUCUUGAUCAGGCUAUUGCGAGACGGGUGGAAGGAAAGAGGGCUUGCGACGAAGGGGGGUCGGCGCCCGCCUCCUCCUUACACCCAGGGAGGUGAACGCAUACUUGUUUAUCACACCGGUUCUCAGAACAUCGGGCGGCUCUAUCUGGAGUGCCUCUGCAGUGCAGACGAGCUGUUCGAGAAGGGAAUCAAAGAAAUACACCACUUUCAAACGGAAAUGUACUAUCGCACGCUGAUGGAGUGUGAACCACAUCAAUCCGCGAGUGUCCGACCCCAUCAGAAGGUUGCUGUGUACAGGGAAUUACUAGGCAUGAAGCCACGCGCUGGACGUGGCAGUGAGAUAAACCUGUUGUUCGAUGGCAACAGUGAACAUGCCCAUCAGCCGGCGAUGGCAGACUCGGCAGAUGGCGACGUGAACGGUGAGACUACGGAUGCAGACGAUGGGCCUGCCGUGCCAACUUAUCGUGAUGAUGAGGCAGAUGAGGCUGAGGAUCACGAAUCUGUGGACCGCAGCAACGCGGCUCUGUGUGUUCCAGCAGGCGUCCUCGAUGCCGAGGUAGCCGGCACGGCAGAACGUGAUGAUGAGGCAGAUGAGGCUGAGGAUCACGAAUCUGUGAGCCACAGCAACGCGGCUCUGUGUGUUCCAGCAGGCGUCCUCGAUGCCGAGGUAGCCGGCACGGCAGAACGUGAUGAUGAGGCAGAUGAGGCUGAGGAUCACGAAUCUGUGAGCCACAGCAACGCGGCUCUGUGUGUUCCAGCAGGCGUCCUCGAUGCCGAGGUAGCCGGCACGGCAGAACGUAUCGAGCGCGAGCCUGAAGACUCGGACGUGGAAGAGAAGACGCCGUCGACGCCUGCUUCUCUGCGUUUAGAGAUGCAACAGGCGAUACUGCAACUGGGAUCUUCCAAUUCCGACAUUGGCGCCAGUGGUGCGUCAAGUUCAUCGGGAUCAGAGGAGUCAGACAAUCGAGAUGAGUCAAACCAGUCAGAGUCACAAGACUCAGAUCCCGAAGAACGGCCUCGACGUCGUCGCAGGGCACGUCCUGUCCAAGCUGAGCUGGCGAUUCCUCGUGAGCCUGGGCCUCCCAGUUCUGUCUACGACCCCAGUACCAUAUUCGUAGGCGCUUUCGCCAUUGUCAAGCGCCACAUCUCUGGUGUGCCUUCUUACUUCGUGCAGUGUCCACUGCACGCGCAUGG